AUGACAUCCACAAUAUCGUUCGGUGACUCCAAUCCUGGAUUACAAGUGGGAAUCAAUCAUGGCCUGAUCACUGCUCAUUUCCCACCUCCUAUAGAUCGUAUUGACCAAAAUGUGGACCCUUUGGACAAGUUGCCAGUUGCACAUGGGGUUGAGCUUGACUCAUACGCGGACCAGCAUGAAGAAGAAUGCCUUCCGGGCACCAGAACCGAGCUUCUACACGAAAUUGCUGAGUGGGCCGAGUCACCGCAAGGCAAAUGCAUUUUUUGGUUAAAUGGGAUGGCUGGGACAGGGAAAUCAACAAUCUCCCGCACAGUAGCAAGAUACUUUAAGCAGCGCAAGCUCCUAGGCGCAAGCUUUUUUUUUCAGGAGCGGCAGUUGGUGCACCGAUUUCCUGAGCUACUAUUUGGUGUCCGAAAAGCAAUCCAUAACGACCCUGGCAUCGUAACGAAAUCGCUAAAAGAGCAGUUUGAUAAACUGCUUCUUCAACCGCUGCUGGACCUCCAGCUAUCUAACCAGCAAUUUUCAACCACAGUAAUAGUGGUUGACGCGUUGGACGAAUGUGAACACGAUAAUGAUAUACGAGUGAUACUCCAGUCGCUACCGCGGCUACAGGAAUCCAACUUUUUGAAGAUUCGGAUCUUCUUAACCAGCAGGCCUGAGUUGCCUAUCCGCCUAGGAUUCUUGAAUAUUUUGGAUCAUGACUACCAGGAUCUGGUUCUUCAUGAGAUACCCGAGGAAGUUACCGCGCGUGAUAUAUUCUUAUUUCUGAACUACCGACUUUCGAAGAUUGGGAAAGAACGAUCACUCCCUCUUGAUUGGCCUGGAGGUCCAGAUACUCUAGCCCUUAUGAGAUUGUCCACUCCAUCAUUCAUUUUCGCCGCUACUAUCUGCCGUGUCUUCGAGGAUCCUCAGUGGGAUCCUUUGGAUAGUCUCACCGAAAUCCUGAACAAUCGGAAUGAAAAAUCUCAGCUUGAUGGAACUUAUCUCCCCGUGCUCAAUCGACUACUUCAACAACAACGCGAGAAACAAAAAGAGCAGCUUAUUCAAGAGUUCCGAGAAGUAGUUGGUACAAUUGUAAUACUUAAGUACCCACUCUCGAUUGUUUCUCUCUCAAAACUCACUGGUCUCUCUGAGAGACGGAUUGAAUUAAGGCUGGACUCAUUGCACUCGGUGAUUCUUAUUCCUGAGAAUAAGACAAUGGCAGUGCGGCCUUUCCAUCUUUCAUUUGGAGACUUCCUUCUUGAUCCGGAAACACGCAAGAAAACUCCACUGUGGGUGGAUGAGAGAGAAACACAUCAAAGAUUAACCACGCAAUGCCUUUCUGUGUGUCAACUGUUGCGACGAAAUAUAUGUGGACUGCUAAGUGAUGGAACUCAGCGCGUGGAUAUUGAUAUCCAGACCAUCAACCAUUGUCUUCCCGCACAGCUACAAUACUCCUGUCGCUUUUGGGCACAGCAUUUGAUACAAAGCAAAGAUCCAAACUCAGCUUUACAAGAUGCUUUUUUGUUUCUGCGGAAGCAUUUCCUGCACUGGAUGGAAGCAAUGAGCAUUCUCGGUGUUGCGUCUGAAGUGAUAGGGGUUAUUAAUAUGUUGCAGUCGGUCAUAGAUGGGGUCAAAAAUCAUGAACUAUUUGGAUUCUUGCAUGAUGCAAAGCAAUUCUUCUUUAAGAAUAGACAGAUCGCUGAUGACGCGCCCCUCCAGCUUUAUUGUUCAGGACUUAUAUUUUCACCGGGAUCGAUGAUAAUCCGAAAUUUGUUCAAAGAUGAGCUCCCUAAAUCGAUAAGAACACUGCCAAACAUCGCAGAAUGUUGGGGCCCCGGAAUGCAGGCUCUCGAGGACCGUAUAGAUCCGGUGCGGUCGGUGGCAUUUUCACCCGACAGCGGACUACUGGUUUCCGGCUCCAGUGAUAACACAGUGAAGCUCUGGAAUCCUGCCACCGGUGCCCUGCAGCGGACCUUGGAGGGUCAUUUCGGAAUGGUAUGGUCGGUGGCAUUCUCGCACGAUGGUCAGCUUAUGGCGUCGGGCUCUAAUGAUACCACAGUGAAACUCUGGAAUCCCGCGACUGGCACGUUGCAGCAAACUCUGGAUGGCCAUUCAGGCUCGGUGCUAUCGGUGGCAUUUUCGCAUGAUGGGCAGCUACUGGCGUCCAGCUCCAAUGACACCACAGUAAAUCUCUGGAAUUCCGCGACUGGCACAUUGCAGCAAACUCUGGAUGGCCAUUCAGGCUCGGUGCUAUCGGUGGCAUUUUCGCAUGAUGGGCAGCUACUGGCGUCCGGCUCCAGUGAUAACACAGUGAAUCUCUGGAAUAUUGCCACGGGUGCCCUGCAGCAGACUCUCAAAGGCCAUUUUGGCUCGGUGCGUUCGGUGGCAUUCUCGCAUGACGGGUGGUUAUUGGCGUCCAGCUCCAGUGAUAACACAGUGAAUCUCUGGAAUAUCGUCACGUGUGUCCUGCAGCAGACCCUCAAGGGCCAUUCUGACCGACCGAUCACCAACCUGGAAUUUUCGGAACAUGGUACAUAUCUGAAUACCAAUCUGGGAUCUCUCAAAAUUCAGUCCUGGUGUGGUAAUGAUACCCCUGAUUUAGCUAGUCCCGAUGCCAACAUGCUUCUACUUAAGGGUGAGUGGGUGAUGUUUCUUGGCCAAAAAGUACUCUGGCUUCCUCCAGAGUAUCGGCCCCGCGUAUCGGCAGUCAAAGACGGUAUUCUUGCCUUGGGUCUCGCAUCUGGACGAGUUUUAUUCAUAAGGUUUUGUGCAUGA